AUGUUAUACGACUCGUUGAUCAUCGGCGGCGGGCCCGCAGGCUUGUCUGCCGCCCUCGCUCUCGGCCGCAUCCGCCGCAGCACCCUCAUCUUCGACUCUGGCCACUACCGCAACCGUGGCGUGACUGCCAUGCACACGGUCCUGUCUCGCGAUGGCACGCCUCCUAGUCAAUUCCGUGCCAUUGCCCGUGAGCAGAUGGCGCCCUACACCUCCAUUGAGUUCCAGGAAGCCACCAUCGUCUCGGUCCAAAACACCGAGGUCGAACCCGGCUAUCUGGGCUUCAAGGCCGUCGGCUCCAACAACAACACCUUUGCUGGCCGGAAGUUGAUCCUCGCCACCGGCACCGAGGACGUCCUGCCUGACCACAUUGAAGGCUUUCUGGACAAUUGGCCGGAGCAUAUCUACCAAUGUCUCUUCUGCGAUGGCUUCGAGCAGAAGGGCUACCCCAUCGGGGUCCUGGGCUAUCCCCACCCCAGCUACAAUCAUCUCGCCAUGAUGGCGCUCCCAUUCAACCGGGACGACGUGACCAUCUACAGCAACGGCGCCGUGUCCUCGGAUGCUGCGGUCCAACAGGCGCUCAAGACGGCGCUGGCCAGCAACGUCAAGCUCGACACGCGGCCGGUCAAGCGCCUCGUCAACAACGGCGAGGGCCCGGAAAACGGCAUCACGGUGGAAUUUGAGACGGGACCCAGUGCCAAGUUGGGCAUGCUGCUGCACAGACCUCCGACGCGCAACAGGGCCCAGAAUCUGAUCGACCAGCUAGGGCUGAAGACGGGCGAGGGCAGCGGCGAGGUCGUUGUCGAUCCUACGUUUGCCGAGUCCAGCGUCAAGGGCUGCUUCGUGGCCGGCGACUCGUCGGAGCUGGUGAAGCAGGUCGCGCUGGCUAUGGGAGCUGGCGUUCGCGCGGCUGCUGGCGUCUCACUGCAGCUGUGUAACGAGGAGGGCGCAAGGGCCCUAGCUCUGGCGGAAAGCAGCCACCUUUAG